UUUCUCACAUUUCAAUUUGCUACUGCAAAGCGAAUACUCAUUCCUUCCUUCAAAUCCCCCUUCUUCUCUCUUCCUUCAACCAUCGUUCGUUCUGAUUGAACUUUGCUAGGGUUUCAACCUCUCUCACUCUCAGUACCAAAUCAUUCUUCAUUCUUCUCUUUGGCAAGUUCACGCCUGUUUUACUUACUGGUUGAAAUAUUGUGAUAGAGAUUUGUGUAACAUUGCAAAUUCUCCCGUGGACCUUGUGGAUUCGAGAAAUGUUGCUCAAGUAUCAUCAUCCUAUUGCAGAAGUCCUUUGGAAGGUGGACAUAUUAAGUUGUUGUUUGGAUUUGAAGUUUAAUUUUUUAAAUCAGGAAUUCCUUGCACCAUAAAGAAACUUCCAGUAUCCCUGUAUUUCUCUUUUCAAAUUGUUGUCAGAUGUCAGAAAUUGACUUGGCAGUUAUUAAACCUGAGAUGAUGAAGCUGUAUGUCUGGCUUCAGACUUCAGAUGAUUCAAUCCAACAAGUGGAACAAGAAAUUGCAAUGUUUUGCCCACUGAUAUGUCAAGAAAUAAUACAAAAAGGCAUGGGAUCUUCCAAGAGUUGUGCAAUAUGUCUUCCUCAACAAGUCAGUCCUGCCAUGUUGAGCUUAAUUCUUGACUAUUGUCGGUUUCAUCAAGUACCAGGCCGUUCAAACAAGGAACGUAAAUCUUAUGAUGAGAAAUUUGUUAGGAUAGACACAGAGAGGCUUUGUGAGUUGACAUCUGCUGCAGACAGCCUUCAGUUAAAACCUUUGGUGGAUCUUACCAGUCGUGCACUUGCUCGAAUAAUUGAAGGGAAAACACCGGAGGAGAUACGUGAUAUAUUUCAUUUGCCUGAUGAUCUUACAGAGGAAGAAAAGUUGGAGCCCUUGAGAAAUAUAACGGCUGACCCAAGGAUCAGACUUUUGAACCGUUUGUAUGCCAAAAAGAGAAAAGAACUAAAAGAGCGUGAAAGGUUAAAGUUAUAUAUUGUUUUGGGUUUGGCCGCACAAUUUUUUUGCUUCUUCUACCAAAGCUGUCAAACACAAGUAAGCAUCUCAUCCGUUGCUUCUAUUCCAAAGAUGCACCACCAACCAUUGACAAAACUGAAUGUUGAAGUUGAGGAAGAGCAUGUUGAUGAACGUUCAGUUGAUGACCUUUUGUCUUUUAUUAAUGGAAAUGAUGGAGAUCCAAAGGGAGUUAAAACAUCAAAGAAUAAAAAGAAGAACCGGAGGAAAAAAGAGCAACAGAAGAGCUCUUCUUUGAAGGAGGAAUCUGAACUGAACAAAAAGGAGGUAAAUGGUCAUGAUAUCAGACACCAAAGUUCUGAAGCUGAGAGAAUUAGCGAGACCUUGUAUUUACCCUAUGCAGAUGAUGACACAUUUUCUCCUAAGGUUGAGUUUGAUGAUGGUGAUAUAGAUGAUGAGAUCGAUCCUGCUUUAAAGGAAAAAAUUGACAGGGAAGUGGAAGAUUUUGCCCGCAGAUUAAAUUCUGACUGGCCAGAAAGAAUGCAAGAACUUUUAUCUUCAGGGAAAGAACGGGAGACAAUACUUUUUACUACAGAUGGUUUUCUAAGGCGACAUGCUUGGUCAAAUUGUAUAGUGCCAUAUCCUGUCAAUUUAUAAACAAUGAUGUGCUAUUAUUGCCAGAGAUUUUUACGCUCACCUUAUUUUUGACUGGACUUAGAAUGGAAUUAUGGAAAUGAAUCCUUAUCAGAGGCUUCAACAAUUUUGAGAUGCUGGCGGGAGCAAGAAAAGUUUUGCAUGCCAGUUGUUUUUCUUUUUUUGCAUUUCCAUUGUUAUAUUCUAUUCUUUGCAGUUCAUUUUUGGUGCCCAAUUUUAUUCCGGGGACUCUUGUACUUUAAGGUCAUAAAAAAAAAAGCUCCUAGUUUGUAUGGAAUAUUAAUCCUUUAUUUUUGUGCCUUUGCAAUUUUGGUUUUUUAUUUGUAUGGAAUACAUUGAUUUUUUUUUAAGACAUUUGGUGUGGGGGUAAGGAUUAAUCUUCA